UAACCCUAAUCAAAAAGUCCAAUUAUUUACGCCUUUGCUAUUACCAAUGAAUUUUAUUUAUGUGCCUGUGGUUGUUCCUCAGAUGAUGCCAAUCCUUCAAACCCCACAGCAGAUUCCUGAUCUUAGUGAUUAUUGCCAAUGAAGCUUACCUUAUCCUGGCGCAUCUGAAACAAGGGCUCUAAUUGAUAAACACCCUCUAAGCCCUCAAAAGGAUAUGAACUUGCAAUCAACUAAAGCAGCAGAUCCUCAGCUUGAAGAAAUUAAGGAAAAGCAAAAGAGGCCUCAACUAGAUCCUAUACCAAGGAAGCAUAAGAAGAAAUAGUCAGAUACUCCAGAGACUUUCUUCCCUCUGUUCAGCAUCCACGAUUCUCAGCGACAUUGAUCAUAUCUUGGAUCCAGAAGAAGUCGUUAUUCAGGCUACACCCAAGCAGUAUCAAGCGCCAAAUCGUACUCCAAACAGCAUGAGAUCAAGAUAUAUAGGAGUCUCUUACAAGAGUGGCAAAUACAACGCAUACAUUGUAGCUGAAGGAAGAAAAACCUACAUCUGUGGUACCACAGACGAGGAGACUAGCGCUAGAUAUUACGAUUAUUGUGCCAUCCAUCUUCACAGAUUGGCCGCAACUACAAACUUCUCAUACACAAAGAGACAACUCGUGGAGAUGUGUACUUCAGGAGACAUCUACUCUUCAUUCUAACUCAUAGAUCAUUUAAUUUUUGAGUAAGGGUUUGCUUCCAAACUCCCUAUCUUUCUCCACACCAAGAGAUCCACACCCAAAAUCUCUAAGCAAGCCCUGACUAGCCUCGGAAAUCUCCCACAAGCCAUUAACUUGAAAAGGAC